AUGAGAAAACUAACUUCUAUCGCUUCAAGGUCUGUACAGCUCGUUAACGCCGACAUCCUCUCUUAUUCUCAACAGUUUCUCUUCUCAGUUAUCACACCAAACUAUCAUUCCCUAACCUCAAAUGGAGAAACUACCAAACAACAACGUCUCAUUCAACUACUUCAAGAACCCUCAAUGGUUCAAUCACUUGAAACGGCUAAUUCCCUCCACGCUCUUACCAUUACAAUGGGCUCAAACACAACCCAAACCAUAUUUCUGUACAAUAAUAUCAUGUCAAAGUAUAUUGCAUUGGGCGCUAUCCCUAUGGCUCACAAAAUAUUUGAUGAAAUGCCCCAAAGAAAUGUUGUCUCCUACAAUACUAUGAUUACUGCGUAUUGUCGGAAUGGGGAAGUAGAAAAAGCUUGGUGUCUGUUUUUUGAGAUGAGAUAUUAUGGGUUUGAGCAGACACAGUUCACGUUUGGUGGGCUGUUGUCGUGUUCUUCUUUGGAAAUUUGUAGAGGUUCAUACGUGCAGGCAUUGAUAAUAAAGAGUGGGUUGCUUUGUAGUGAUGCUUUUGCAGGAACUGCAUUGCUGGUUUUGUUUGGGAGGCAUGGGUUUUUAGAAGAAGCAAUUCGUGUAUUUGAUGACAUGCCUGAAAAGACCUUGGUGACAUGGAAUUCGUUGAUAGCCUUGUUUGGGCAACAUGGGUUUGUUGAAGAAUCUGUUAUUCUGUUCCGCGAGCUAAUGAGUAAUAACUUAGGUUUAUCUGAAUAUUCUUUUGUUGGCGCUUUAUCAGGAUUUCUGUCCGAACACGAUAUUCAAUUAGGAGAACAAAUACAUGGGUUAGCGACAAAAAUUGGAUUCUGUUAUGCAGUUUCAGUUGUUAAUUCUUUGAUAAAUAUGUAUAUGAAGUGCUCAGGAACAAACAUGGCAGAGAAACUGUUUGAAGAGGCGCCUGUGAGGGACGUUGUUUCAUGGAACACAAUCAUGGGAGCGUUGGCAAAAAGUGAGACACCAGGAAAAGCAUUACAACUCUUCUCAAAGAUUUAUGUGAAUGGUGUCUUGCCUAAUGAGACCACAUUCGUGAGUGUUAUUAAUUCCUGUGCCAGUUUGGAGGUCCCAAUGUAUGCAGAAUGUAUCCAUGCUAAAAUCAUCAAGAACAUGUUUGAAUCUAACGCAUUUGUCGGUACUGCAUUGGUUGAUUUUUAUGCUAAAUUUGACAACAUGGAAGAUGCUCAUCGCUGUUUUAACGAAUUAUAUGAGAAGAAUUUGGUUUCAUGGAAUGCUUUGAUACAGGGUUAUUCAAACAGAGGCUGUUCUACUGCUGUUUCACUAGUGCGAGAAAUGAUUCAAUCAGGUUAUCGUCCGAACGAGUAUUCAUUUUCUUCUGUCUUCAAAGCAUCCUUGGCCUUAUUAGAGUUGCAACAGCUUCAUUCCAUGGUAAUUAAAAUAGGUUACAUCGACAAUGAUUAUGUAUCAAGCUCUCUGAUAUCCUCAUACGCUAAAAAUGGUUUGAUAUCUGAUGCCUUGAUCUCUGUUGCUGCUGGUUCUAACACGCCACUUUCGGUUGUCCCAUCUAAUGUUAUUGCUGGGAUAUAUAACAGAGCUGGCCAAUACCAUAAAACUCAAGACUUGUUCUCUCUUCUCGAAGAACCUGAUAUUGUGUCUUGGAACAUUUUGAUUGCAGCUUGUUCUCGCAAUGGUGAUUACAAAGAGGUAUUUGAACUUUUCCACCACAUGCAGGUAGCUCAAGUCCAUCCUGAUAAUUACACUUACGUUAGCCUCUUAAGUGUUUGCACUAAACUUUGUAACCUUGCUUUGGGUAGUUCUAUUCAUGGCCUUAUCAUAAAGACUGAUUUUGAGUGUUGUGACACAUUUGUCUGCAAUGUGAUGAUAGACAUGUACAGCAAAUGUGGUAACCUAGAGAAUUCAGUGACAAUCUUCAAUGAAAUGGCGGAGAAAAAUGUUAUCUCAUGGACUGCACUUGUUUCGGCCCUUGGGCUCCAUGGCCGUGCACACGAGGCAUUAAAAAGGUUCAAGGAAAUGGAGAUUGAGGGGUUUGAGCCAGAUGGUGUCGCUUUCAUCUCUGUGCUUUCAGCAUGCAGGCACGUUGGAUUAGUGACACAAGGGAUGGAAUUGUUUUGGCAAAUGAAAUGGAAGUACGGGGUCGAACCUCAGAUGGAUCACUAUCUUGUUGCAGUGGACUUAUUAACUAGAUACGGCCAUCUCAAGGAAGCCGAGCAACUAAUUGGUGGCAUGCCUUUCCCGCCAGAUGCAGUUGUGUGGCGUACUUUCCUUGAAGGCUGCAAGAGACGAAGAACGGUAUAG